GGAAGGAGGACUCCAUACACCGAUCACACGCCGGGCCAGGAAGACGGCACUCUGCUGGAGGAGCUCACCUGAGGCGGAGAGAUGAGCAACAAAGCAGUGAAGCCCCCCAAAGGGGAAGAUCCGGGGUCAACCAGGGUCAUCACAAUCAUCUUCGUGGCUUUGCUCAUCGACCUUCUGGGAUUUACCCUCAUUUUACCCCUGAUGCCUUCCAUACUGGAUCACUUCAGCAAGUCUAAUGAUAGUCUGUACCAGACAAUACAGGGCACCGUGGGCUGGUUUGCAGGAACCGUUGGAGUUCCCCAGGAGAGGAAGUAUAACAGUGUUCUCUUUGGUGGUUUCAUUGGCUCCCUCUUCUCCCUCCUGCAGUUUAUCUGCUCACCGCUCACUGGAGCAGCCUCGGAUUAUUUAGGAAGACGGCGAGUCAUGAUGAUAAAUUCAUUUGGCAUAAUCGUGUCCUACGCUUUAUGGGCUAUCUCAAGAAGUUUUGGAGUUUUCCUCAUCUCCCGCAUUGUUGGAGGAUUAAGUAAAGGAAAUGUCAGCUUAUGUGCGGCUGUAAUAGCUGACCUCCCCUCCCCGAAGGACCGCAGCAAGGGCAUGGCAAUGAUCGGUGUUGCAUUCUCAAUGGGCUUUACCUUCGGACCCAUGGUUGGAGCUUACUUUGCAAUAAACGCAGCCGAUGGAGAGGUCUUCUAUGUCCGUCCCGCCCUGCUUGCCCUUAUGUUUUCUGUUUUGGACCUGCUGUUCAUCUUACUGUUCCUUCCUGAGACACUUCCAAAGGAGAACAGGGUCUCCUCUGUGAUAGUGGGGUGUCAAGGGGCCCUAAACCUGAUCAGUCCCCUGUCUCUGUUCAAGUUCGCAGCCAUAACCAGAAGAGAAGACUUUCCAUCUACCAGAAAUGUGCAGAACCUCCGACUGUUGGGUCUGGUCUAUUUCCUAUAUCUCUUCUUCUUCUCCGGCCUAGAGUAUACCAUCAGCUUCCUCACUCACCAGCGCUUCCAGUUCAACAGCAUGCAGCAGGGCAAAAUGUUUUUUUUCAUUGGAAUAACCAUGGCGCUGGUCCAGGGCGGAUACGCUCGGAGAAUCAAACCAGGAAAUGAAGUGAAAGUUGUCAAACAGGCCAUGGUUCUGCUGAUCCCAGCCUUCCUGCUGAUUGGAUGGGCAAAUGGGCUCGUCAUGCUGGGACUGGGGCUUCUGCUCUAUUCGUUUGCUGCAGCCAUUGUUGUGCCGUGUUUAUCCUCAAUGGUGUCAACAUAUGGUUCGGCCAGUCAGAAGGGCACGGUGAUGGGCAUUCUGCGCAGUCUGGGCGCUCUAGCCCGAGCGGUGGGACCCGUCUUAGCGGCCACAUUGUACUGGGUGGCUGGUGCUGAAUUCUGCUUCACCGUCUGUUCAGUGUCCUUUCUGGUCCCGCUGCUGUGUUUGAGGAGGGUGACCUCACUGGGAAAGGCAGAGUGAUGAGGUGACAUCACAGGGAUAAGGCGGAGUGACAUCACACAGAAAGGAGGAGUGAUGGAGUG